AUGGAGAUUUUGGAAUCUGUCUGCUGUAGAAGCUGGCCUGACCAGGGGCCGGAACGGCGGGCGCGCGGGCCGGCGGAGGAGCAGGGCGCGGAGGCGGCGGAGGCCGGGGAGGCCCGGGACGCGGCGAGCGCGGAGGAGGCGGCGGACGUGGCCCUGCCAGCACUGCCAGUGAAAGACAUAAAAGAAAAACCUGAACAACAGGCCAGAGCAAAAGAGACUGACAAGUUACCCAGCAGUACUGAACCUCGACAGCAACCAAGUGCCUUAUUUGCUAGAGGAAAUAGGAAAGCAGCCAAAAGUCCUCAAAGAUCAUCAACUAAAAUAAAGGAGAAGAAGCAUCCGUUUGCUCUUUAUGGGUGGGGAGAAAAACAGACCGAUACCGGAAGCCAAAAAACUCACAACGUCUGCGCGUCCGCCCCCGUGCAUGAGAUUCACGAAUCAGCAUUACGAGCCAAGAACAGAAGACAGGUGGAAAGAAGGAAACUGGUCACUCAGAGGCAGCGCGCUCACUCUGUAGACGUGGAGAAAAACCGAAAGAUAAAGCCUUCCUCCUCGGAGAACCCAUGGAUGACAGAGUACAUGAGAUGCUAUUCGGCAAGAGCUUAAAGGCCGAAACAGUCGCUUGGACAGCCUCUUCAAAAGAGUGUAAAUGAAAAGAAAGAAGAAACAAAACAAAAGAAAACAGACAUAGAUUUAAGAAACCAGCUGAUUAUGCAAGGUUUUCCGUAGGGAAUGUCCAAAAGAUUGCUCUAUUUCAGUGAACCCUGGUCACCUACCUCAGCAGUAGGGCGACAGUUGAAGCCAUAGAUAUUUGGUUAUUUAUGAAGCCCAGUCCCUAAUAUUUGAUAUUCUUAUAAGGGUUUUUGUUUUAAAGCAUCUUAAUCUUUUCAGAUACCGCCACCGAAUGCCUUUAAAUGGCUAUUGAUGCUUAACAUUCAGUCUUCUCUGUCAGUGUAGCCGGAGCCUGUUUUCACCCUGUCCUGAGUAACUUUCCAGAUUCCAUAGUGAGGAAGAUCAUUCCGACCUGUAGCUUAAGACUCCUUUUCCUUCCGCGUGGUUUUCUUCGUGAAAGAACGGCUCAUCGAAAGGGAGUUUCGACACUAACAUUGAUUCCUUGUAUGGUGACACCAGAACCCCCGCAGUUCCUGAAAAAGUAAACUUACUCGUCUUUCAAUUAUGGCACCACUUUACACAGACCGUGAUAUUUAAGAAUUAUCUGGGCCGGAACUCAUUCGUAACAAAGCCUUGACGAUGUACGUUGUUCAGACUUCCGCUGAAAUGCGUUUCUCCCGGAUUCCUAGCCAGUGGAAUGAGACGAUGGUGGUGUUUGUCUAGGCACGGAUGUUGAGCAUGUAAAUAAAGCGCUCCUUCCCUGGUACAUUUCCUUUGGGGUAGAACAAAAUGGUUUUAAGGAAUCCUGGUUUCCAUCCAGCUGAUACAGGAAUCUACAGGAAGGAAGAGUGCCGAAUUCUCUGGAAGAGGGAAAAAAGGUCCUUUGCCCGGGCCAGGCUAGCACCUGUAGAUGGGUGAAUAAAAUUUGCUAUUAGGUGUGAGGUUGAACAUUUCCUUGCUGUUUUUACUCUGGAUCUUUGAAGUGUUGUCAAUUUUUACUCUUUUUUUUUUUUUUUUUUUUUUUAAGUAGGCUCCAGGCCCAGUGUGGGGCUAGAACUCAUGACCCUGAGACCAAGAGUAUGCUCUACCAAUUGAGCCAACCAAGCCCCCCAUAGUCAAUGUUUAGAACACAAAUAUGUUGUAUUCCACAUAAAAUCUUCACACGAUGUCCUCUUACAACUGUAUAAGCUUUGAAAACUCAAGAAUCGUGAGCUUUAAAAAAAAGAAAAAAGACUUUUUAAAUACUUGCAUCGUUCUGAGGUGAAUCCUUUUACACAGAGAGCUCUCCUAAUCAUUGAGAUGGGUAUUUAACAGGAAGUUCUAUAUGUCGGUCCAAAACAACCCUGCUAAUAAUCCUGGUGAACGUUACUGUCAUUAUUAAAGUCCUUAAACACUGCAGGUACCUAACGAUCAAAUUAACGUGGCAUUGUGAUGGUGCAGCCGACUGUGAAAACUGUUCCUUCCAAAGCCCUUCGUGCUCCUUUGUGUUUAGGCAUCCAGCUCAAGCGUUCCUGUUGCACCUGACAAUCUCCGGGAAGAUGGCCUUGGGUGUAGGUCAGGGUCCCCACUGACGGGCUGCCUUAGAAACCCAGCUUCCUCUCGGCUUUACCACGCCGGACUCCCUCCCGUUUAGGGAACAGACUCGUAUUUAAUGUGCUUCCUACUGGCAACUCCAGAUGGAGACAAAACCUAGAAGGCAAUAUUGGCCAGUUUUACCCCUUUUUUAAGUAGAAGACCAAUGGACAGGAUUUUUAAAGUACUUUUCGUGUGCAUGAACAAUGAGUACAUCAGCCUGAAUUAACUGUGAGUCCCCUUCCCGUAUCCAAGUCAUUAGUUGGUGAGGGUGUCUUUUUAGGGGGGAAAAUCACCUUUGGAGCCCAUGACGUUUUUUAAGCGGUAACAAUUUGAUGGUCCGACUGUUCCCUUCGUUCUAGAAACUCAUGUUCCUAAUUCUUAUAAAUCGUGUUCCUAAUUCUUGGGACAGCGUGGAAGACAGCAGGCUAGUUUAAAAUUACCUUUCAUGUUGAAAAGUCUGAAACGGAAAAUCCGGUGAGAAUAUGGAAUAAAAUAAUUGCUGCCUAAGAUUCUCUUUUUUAAAUUUUGGUUUUAAAAUUAAAAGUUUGCCAUAAACAUGG